CGCGGCUCGGCGCCCGGGUCCCCGCCUGCGGGCGCGCUCGCGCCGCCUCUUGGCCUCCGCGCCGGAGGGAGGCAUGGCGCUCCCGAGGCUGGCCUGCCUGCCCGAGCGCGGGGAGCGCCAGCCCGGCUCGCACCGCGGCACGGCGCGGAAGGCGUGGAAUAUGCCCGGCCUCGAAGACUUCUCGCAGAAGGGCGCGCUAUCCUCGGAGCGUCCUUCGCCGCGAGGAUCGGGGGGGGGCAAAGAGGGGGGUGAUGACUAGGGGGGGUGGAUAUCAUGGCGGGGGCCAUGAUAUUUCCCAAGAUUUCAUGGCGUCUCUUCUUAAUUCAUUACGUCCCUGGCCCCCCCGCUGGGCCGCGCACAUGACGCCAGUCAUGAUUUGCACCCCCCCCUCUUGGACACCCCCCUCUUGGCCGCUCCCGAGAGGACGCUGCUGGUUCGGCCAUGCACGCGAGAGUGGCCUUUCGCCGGAGUGCCCCUUGGUGCGGGCGCAGUGGGAUCGACCGCAGCGGCCUGCGCGCUCCAGCUCGGCCUCCCGCGGCCUCCCCAAAAUGUCGCGCACCAAGGAGCCCUUCGGCGAGCCUGGGCGGCGGGAGUCGCAGGGCGCCUCUCCGCGUCCCAAGACGGGAUCCGGAGCAGGGUCGCCCCCCGCCGCACCGGGGGCGGCCGACGCGGGCUCGCCGGGGGCCAGGCCGGGCGCGGAUGCUGGCAAGCCAGCGGGCAAGCCUGCGGCCAAGCAGUUCUGCAGGGCGCUCACCAGGGAGCUCGACGCUUGCCGAGACGAGUACGAGGUGGACAAGCUGCUCCGGCUCGUGCAGAAGGUCACGAACUCCACCAGCUCCGACACUUUCAGCACCAGCGGCGCCCAGGCCUACCGCUUCCGUGAGGCCCUCAGGCCCCUGCGCGACAGUUCGGUGGGCGCGGCGCUGGGCUACUCUCACCGCCUUUGGGUGAACAAGGCCAUCGAGAAGCAGGUUCAGAGGAGGCGGCAGCAGAUCGCGAGCGGCGGGGUGGGCAAGGUGGAGGGCGUAAUCGGGCUCGCGCGCAGCGGCGACCAGCUGUCUUCCGCGCGGGAGAAGCGGUCGUCGCGCGUCACCUGGCAGCUGCGCGUGGAAGCCGCCGGCCUGCCGACGGAUGCGUCGGAGGCCGAGUCCACGAGGGGCGGGGACGCCGCGCCGCAGGCCGCAGCAGAGAAGGGCGCCGUUGGGUCUGCCGUGCUCAAGAAAAACAUGCGGGGGAGCCACGACGAGCCAGACUCGUCCGAGAGAGGGGGUGUCCAGCGGUUCCGGCGGCGCCAGCGAAGCAGCACCGCGAGCAAUGCCACGGCCGACUUUGGGCUCGAGGGCGAGGGACCCAACGAUGACGAAGCCUCGCAGGCGUAUCUGCAGAACGCCUUCAAGAUAGGGCCGCUGAAGGGUAGCGAGGCGCUCCGCAUCUGGAGCAAGGCGUUCGAGGUUCUGAAGGUGGAUGGCGAAGUACACCACACCGACCUCAGGCGGGCCCUCGAUAUGGCCGGCUUCCUGAACGCAGAUCAGGCGUGCAUCGACGCGGCCAAGGAGAAAGUGACGAAGUGGUCGGCAUUGAGCGCGGCGCAGUUCAACAGAUUCGCAGUCGUCUUCGGGGAAGAAGACGAGAAGUUGCAGGACAAGAUGUUCGCCAGCUUCGACGCCGACAGCUCAGGGCAGAUAGACAGGUGCGAGUUGACAAGCUUGCUGGAACACUUUGGCGUCAUUCCAAUGCGGCACAUCCUGGACGAGGUGCUUAGCGAGGUUGACGAGGACGGCUCUGGCAACAUCGGCCUUCACGAGUGCAGGAAGGUCUUUGAGAUCCUCCGCAUGCGUGAAGGCUUCUCACGCGAAGAAUUCGAGAACCUCACCGGCCUGUUCAAGAGGCUGGACAUCGAUGGCUCUGGCGAGAUGGACAAGCGAGAGUUGACGGUCUUGCUCGAGUACCUCGACUACCACCUGGACGCGGAAGAGCGGGACAGAAUAAUGAAAGAGGUUGACGCCGACAACAGCGGAGAACUUAGCGAGUUCGAGUUCCUGCUAUUCAUGAGGAAAUGCCGCCACAUCGAAAUGAGGAACCUCUCGACGGCAUUCAACAGCGUCGAUCCUGAAGAGUAUGUGGGUUCUUGCUCUUCUACGAUCCAAGCUUUCACGAAGAUGGGGUACGAGCCCAAUGCCGACGCCACGUGGGAGGCGGCCGUGGCUGCGGGCGUGCCCAGCAAGGAGGCCAACCUGGACAUCAGUGACUUCUGGCAGGUGCUCACGGAGUGCCGGAAGCGGGAGUGGUUCCUCAGCGACGAGCUGCGGCAGAUCCAGGAGGCAUUUGAGGAAGUCGACCCGGAGGGGAAGGGCGAGAUAGUGAUCGCCCAGAUCGACAGAGCCCUCGUCGCGCUGGGGCUGUCGCUGAGGUCCGAGCUGCUCCUGUACCUCAUGGGGAAGGUCGACCAGGACAGCUCCGGGCGGCUGAGCCAGAUGGAGUUCAGGAAGCUCAUCAGGAUGUUCCAGAACGGGCAGUCGCAGCUCGCGCGCGCGACCUUCGAGGACUGCGUCGGGCCGGGCAGCCACGUGCUCGGCACUCCCGACUCCUGGCGCGCCCUGGCCUCCCUGGGGCUCGUGGCAGACGAUGCGGAGGGCUUCGGCAGAGUCCAGGCGCUCGGCGACCUCGACGUACGAGCCUUCCUGAACGCCGCGCGCGACCUCGAGAGGGAGCGCCAGCUGUACCGCCAGCAGAACAGCGGCUUCUGCGAGCAGGAGGUGGACGACCUCGCCCUGCGCUUCGAGCAGAUGGACGCGGACCGCAGCGGCGCGCUCGAGAGCCGCGAGCUCGUCGGCCUCAUCGAGGAGCUCCUGCCGGGCGUGGCCACCUCGCUCGAGAACCGGCCGCUGCUCAUGCGGAUGAUGGAGGAGGCCCGGGGGGGCGGGGGCGCCCUCACCGAGAGCGACAAGCUCGCCUGCCGCGUGGCCGGCAUCAGGCCCAGCUCAACCCAGAUCGAGCUGAAUUUCACGCAGUUCUUGAAGCUCCUCUCGUUGGUUCGCACUUUCAAGCUGGACAGGCUCUACAAAGAGGAGCAGCGAGUGAUCAAGGAGUGUGACCUCACCUUCCAGGAGGUCCAACAGUUUCGUGAGCUGUUCCUGGAGAGUGCCUCGGGCGACGGGUGCAUGACGAUUAAGGACAUCUUGUUCCUCUUCCGGAACAUAUGCCCUCUCGGCAGCAGAAAUAAGGCGGAGCUCCUGGAGCACGUCGAGGACGUCGUCGGUCCCAGAACCCCAGGCUGCGACGUGGCCAUCAACUUCGCCGAGCUGAUGGUGCUCAUGGGGAGGCUGCGCGACACCAACUUCGGAGGAAUCCGCGACAGGUUCUUCUCGUGA